CUUCUCCUCCUUCAAGGAGAAGCUCUCCUCUGCUCUCUUCUUCUUCUUCUUCUUCUUCUUCUUCUUCUUUUCUUCUCCUUUCCCUCUUUCUUUUUUCUCCAAAACAGACAUCCAUGGAUACUGCUAAAGAUCAUGAGGUAGUCUCACCCACAUUCCCAACUGCAGAAAAGAAGAGAACCCACCAAGAAUGUGAGGAUGGUCAUGAACCUCACCAGUCCUCCAAUGGCUUACUCCAAAGCAGAAGACAUUCCAAGCCCAUUAACAAAAGGCUCCUCAGGAAGCAAAGGAGCACAAGGGAAAAGCUUCAGAAGAGCAAUGCUUGUGGAGAUCAGGGUGAUGAGGAGAAGGUUGGGAUAGAGAAGAGGAUCAUGUUGUUGAAGAGUAUCAUCCCUGGUGGUCAGUCACUUGGGAUCGACAAGCUUUUUGAAGAAACAGCUCUCUAUAUAUUAUCUCUGCAAGGUCAAGUGAAGGCCAUGAAGAUUCUUACCAGCUUCUUUGAGACCCUUGAGAAGGAGAAGUCCAUGUCCAAGUUUGGAGGUUAAUAAUCAGUUCUUCAUUACUCUGUAAACCCAAUUGCUUCCCUUUCUCUCUCUCUUUUAUUUUAUUUUAUUUUAUUUCUAUUUUUUUUUUUUUUUUCAAAUUUUCUCUCCUCAACUUUCUUGGGAAGCUGGCUGGUAAAUGUUCUCUUAUAUGCUAUUGUAGGCUUCUAGGAAGUCUAAUUCAUGUAUAUGAAUAUUAUGGAGAGAUACCACCAUAGUUUUUUUU